AUGCCUAGGGAAACAAGUAAAAUUCGGUUUCUAACACUCUCAAGGAGAUCUAGCUUGAACGAUGCUGUCAAAAAUUUUAUUAUUCAAUGCAAUAGCCAUAGCAAUCACGAAAUAGUUGCAAAGUUUGGAGAAAUAAAAGGUUAUUAUUCCAGAAUGAACAUAAACUUGCCAGUUGCAUGUGACUGUAUUCUUGAACAAGGCUCUGGUGAUUACAAGUUUGAAGAAAAAAUUGGAAGAAAACAGCAAAGUUAUUUGAUUGAAAGAAUUAUCCGUGCAAACAGAGAAUCAUGGCAGGUUGCAGAGAAAGUUGCUAUUGAUUUGUUUUUCGAAGAAAAAUACUCAAAUGGAAUAGUUACUAUUGAUAAGAAUGGAGACAAAUCUUCAUUUUUUGAGCUAAAUCUCGGUGAAGUCGUUGUUUAUAAGCCAAAAUCCAAGAUACAUUAUAGUAUAACUGGCAUUUCGAAGUCAACGAUCGAUGAGCCUAAAUCAGAUAUAACUUCCUUUAGAAGUAAAAAAAGUGUAAUUAGCUGGAAAUUUCAAAGGAAAUCAAGCAAUGCAUAUCCUUUUUGGGAUUUGAAAAUAAUCAACGUAAUUAGUUUAUCUGAAAAGAAGCGAAAAAGGGAGGAAAAUGAUGAUAAAUACAAGAAAUCGAUUGAAGUAAGUUUACCAGAGAGCCAUUUAAAAGAGGAAAAUGAAGAUGAAGAUGAUGAAGAAUAUUGGAUGGUAUACUUGUCGGGAAAUAAACAAUUAAUAUCAAAACAUGUAGACUUAUAUAAUAAAGGGCAAAUAAAUGGAUUAGAUAGAAUCACAAAUGAACUGAUAUAUAAUUCGUCACUAAUAGCAAAGUAUUUGGAUGAGCCAAUUUCGACUAAUUCCUACUCUCUCUAUUCUCAAAUGAGUUAUUAUUACCCAAAUUUUUUUGGUGAUAUUACUACUUCAAUUAGAGCACAUUACAAUAUGAAAAAGAUACAGAAUGCUGACUAUUCAAUUAUUGGUGGUUUAAGAAAGUAUAAUAAUGAAAUAAAGAGAGCAUUGAUAGAUCAGUAUUUCGAAAAGCAGUUAAAAUAUAGGCAAAAUAGACACUUAAGCAUUUUGGAUUUAGCAUGCGGACAUGGACAGGACAUAUUAAAAUAUAAGGGAAAGAAAAUAAAUCGUCUUGUUGGAAUAGAUAUUUCCGCAGAGGAGAUUUCUGAGGCAAGACACCGUUUGAAAACAUACGAAGAUUCUUUAAAUUUUUCUGUUGAAUAUCAUGUUGGAAAUCUACUUUCAAGAACAACAUAUUCGAAAAUAUUGAAAAACUACACAUUUGAAAUAAUUUCAAUACAACUCUCAAUGCAUUAUAUGCUUAUCAAUGAGGAAACAUCAUUUGAAUUCCUGAAAAACGUAUCUAACUAUUUAAAACCUGGUGGGUUUUUUAUUGGUUCCACUAUUUCUUGUGACAAUAUAUUCUACUCUAUGAGACACAACUCAGUUAAGAUAAACCUUAAUGAAAGUUCAGAAGACAACAACGAGACUGAUGUAAACUUAAAUAACAGUACAAAGUAUGUGAGUGGUAAUUCAAUCUACAAAAUCUCAUUUAGUUGUGAUGAUUGGCGCAAAUAUUUUUCGGAUGAUGUAGAUUUAGAAAGAGGAAUUCAACUUUUCAGAACUGAAUGGGGCAUCAAAUACGACUUUUGGUUAAUUGAACAUAUCAAUCAAUACGAAUACGUCGUACCUUGGGAAUCAUUCUGUAACCUUGCAAGUAAAGUUGGUUUGGAGCUCAUCCAGUAUUCAAACUUUCCAAGUUUUGCUGAAUUCACACAGAGGAACUUUCCAAAUAUCAGGUUUUCUAACUGGUUAAAUAACCCCAAGAAUUCUGGGCUAAUAACUCAACAAGAAACCGAAGUAUUUAACCUAUAUUGUGUGUUUGCUUUCAAAAAAACCGAAAUUAGCAGUAAUAAUUUAGAAGAGCAAGUGAUUAAAAAUGAUUAUUCAAUAUGUAAAAAGUUGACUUCAGGUUUCAAAAUUAAGAAAUAUUAA